AUAAGAAUUCAUCGAAUAACAUUCAGUAUAGGAUACAUAAAAUAGCAGAGCAACACGACUCCAAGAGCAUGGCUUCUAAUACGAAUAAUCAUCCUCUCCCCACGGGAAACCAUUGUGUAACACUUACAUCAACCUUGGUUCUAACAUCUUUGCUUGCUCUCACAGUUCAAGUCUUCUACUUCUCCCCCAUAGACCCUCUUUUGUUUGAACCAACACCUUCUGUAUCUUCAUCCAAAAACAACCAAUUACAGAAUUUGAUUAAACUCGGAGAAGGAUUUUUGAAGCAACCAGAAGAUGUUUGUGUGGAUAAAGAAGGCAUCUUGUAUACAGCUACACGAGACGGUUGGAUUAAGAGAUUGGUUAGGAAUGGAAACUGGGAGAACUGGAAGCAUAUAGAUAGUUCUUCUUUGCUUGGAAUCACAACAUCAAAAGAUGGUGGUCUCAUUGUCUGUGAUGCUACCAUGGGUUUGCUUAAGGUUACAGAAGAAGAUGGUUUCAGUGUUAUCCUUUCACAAGUUAAUGGUUCUCAAUUACUGUUUGCAGAUGAUGUAAUAGAGGCAUCAGAUGGAAAUAUAUAUUUCAGUGUUGCAAGUACAAAAUUUGGUUUACACGAUUGGCAUCUGGAUGUGCUUGAGGCAAGACCUCAUGGAAAACUUUUGAAGUACAAUCCUAUGUUAAAUGAGACAGUUGUUGUUCUUGAUGACUUGGCUUUUGCAAAUGGUGUUGCACUUUCCAAGGAUGAAGAUUAUGUUGUGGUUUGCGAAAGUUGGAAAUUUAGGUGUGUGAGGCAUUGGCUAAAAGGAAUUAACAAAGGCAAAACUGAUAUCUUCAUUGAAAACCUCCCUGGUGGACCUGACAAUAUCAAUCUUGCUCCUGAUGGUUCAUUUUGGAUCGCUUUGGUUCAACAGUUUACUUCUGAGAGACUUGGGUUUGUGCACACCUCUAAGGUGUCCAAACACUUGGUAGCUUCAUUUCCAAGGCUAUUUAAUCUGAUCAAUGGAGCAACAAAGUCAGCAAUGGUUGUAAAUGUUGGAACUGAAGGCAAUAUUAUCAGAAAAUUUGGUGAUAAUGAAGGGAAGGUGAUUAGUUUUUUAACUUCAGCUGUGGAGUUUGAGGAUCAUCUUUACCUAGGUAGUCUUAAUACCGACUUUGUUGGGAAAUUCCCACUGCUGUCAAGUGCAAACUAGUGUUGUUCAGAAUUCAGAAGUGUAUUGAUAUAUAUGGUUUAGACCAAGCACAUCUAGUAGAAUACUAUCCAUGUAAUUUAAAUUUCUGUGUCAAUGAUCUGAAGAAAAAUAAAUGCAAAAUUAGUAUAAAAAAAAUAAGACAGAAAAUCAAUAAGAUGAAAUUAGAGUACCAUCUUUAGUAUUUCUCAAAUCCCCCAAAGUUGGCACUUGAUGCAUAUUGUAACUAAAUCUCAAACAUUAAUAGUGUACAUGCAAGAGUUAAUCUACUGUUUCCUCAUCUUCUUUUCUA